CUCUCUCUCUCUCUCUCUCUCUCUCUCUCUCUCCUACUGUGAGGAUAAAACAGGAGGAGAAAACAAGGUCUUGGGGCUGGAUGUUUUAAGUGAAGGGUUGAAAAUGUCAGGAUAUCUUUUCAUGGAGGGUUAAUUUCUAUGGGCUUGUGCUGUGAAAACAAUGGUUAUCAAUGGGGUUUCAACUAUCAGGAUUUUCCAUCUGAAAGCCUCUUCUGAUUACCCAUUUUACCAUCACCGGCAUAUUGUUCUUUGGCUGGUUGUUGCGGUCUCUUUCAUCUCACAAUCCAAGCCCUAAUGCCCCAUUCGGAACGCCUUUUCUUUUGUUUCUCAGGAUCACCCUUUUAUUAGUCCUAUUUCCAUUAAUCUGAUAUUGGCAACCAUAUUAUAAUUCCUUUUUGGGUAGGUCGGUAAUCUCAGGUUUCUUGAUUUUCAUGGCAUCUCCAGAAAGUCCCAUUUCUUUUUUGUGGGGAUCUCUCCCUUGAAUUCUUCUUCUUCUUCUUCUCCAUCUUCUCGUUCUUCUUCCGUGUUUUGUGGUUAUUUAGAUGCUUUGUUGUAGUUCCUUUGGCUCUUUGUGGGUCUGUUUGGUUCCUUCUGAUUACCUUUAAUCUGACACUGCCUGCCACUCUGCAUCCCCAAAUUGUUGCUUUGCAAGCUUGCCUUUGCAAAAAUUCUAUCUACCAAUUAAAGUAACCCGCACGUAUUGAGAUCACUCAAGGAAAUUAUUCAGAUCCAGCUUCCUCUAGCUAUUCUAGAAAAUUCAGUUUCUCUCUUACAUCUAUAUCUAAGCUGUCUAUUGGAAAAGGAACUAUUAAAAAAAAAAAAUCUAUCUGAGAAGAAUAAGAAAAAAUAGCUUUGGUCUUCUCUUAGAUUGAGUACUUGGGAGGUCUCCUUUUCAAUCCCUUUUUCAGUGGAUUAUGCUCCCUAAUUCAAACAAGGCCAGAUGACCACAGAUGAAAUGAGCAAUGGCUCCUCGUGGAGUUGGGAGCAGGAGAAGGCGUUUGAGAAAGCUCUGGCAACUUAUCCUGAGGAUUGUAGUGAUUGGUGGGAGAAGAUUGCGGCGGAUGUGCCAGGGAAAACUUUGGAUGAAAUCAAACACCAUUAUGAGCUUUUAGUGGAAGAUAUCAAUGGCAUCGAGUCGGGUCGGGUGCCUUUGCCUGCCUAUGUUUCUUUGUCAGAGGGUUCAACCGAUCAUGCGAAUGAGGGAGGGACCGGUAAGAAAGGUGGCCAUUUUGGGCAUUUUCAAGGUGAUUCCAAUCACAGCGGGAAGGCGUCAAGGUCCGACCAAGAACGCCGCAAGGGAAUUGCCUGGACUGAGGAUGAACACAGGUUGUUUCUUCUUGGAUUGGAUAAAUAUGGCAAAGGUGACUGGCGGAGCAUAUCAAGAAAUUUUGUGGUAUCAAGGACUCCUACUCAGGUGGCCAGCCACGCACAGAAAUACUUCAUCCGGUUGAACUCAAUGAACAAAGACAGGAGGCGCUCGAGCAUCCAUGAUAUUACCAGUGUAGGCAACGGAGACAUCUCGGCACCUCAAGGGCCUAUAACUGGUCAAUCCAAUGGGCCCACCGGAACUCCUGGGAAAUCUGCCAAGCAGUCAUCUCAGCCCCCGCCGGGGGCUCCUGGAGUUGGUGUGUAUGGGACACCUACAAUAGGCCAGCCAAUUGGAGGGCCCCUUGUUUCUGCAGUGGGCACUCCAGUGAAUCUCUCUGCCCCGCCCCACAUGGCGUAUGGUGUCCGGGCCCCAGUUGCUGGAGCCAUAGUUCCCGGUGCUCCAAUGAACAUGGCUCCGAUGACAUAUCCAAUGCCGCAUGCGGCUGCCCACAGAUGACUAUGAAUCUCUUACUGUACGAAAGGGGGAAAAAAGAAAGAAAGAGAACAGACUACUCGUGUUGGGUUCAUGCGGUCCUUUACAUCUUCAGGUGGAAUAAGAUAGCUGCUGCAAGCAUAGAGCGUAGAUCCGUCAUAUGUCCUACUCUGGAGUAUCUAAUGCUGUCAAUUCGUAUCAUGUCCUGAAUAAUCCAUGGAAGAAGGGAAUUACAGGUCUCUCUGUAUAUUUAAUCUGUGGAAGUAGAGACAGCAGCUUUUGAGUGGAGGUUCAUUUUACUAUUUCCUUUAUUGCUGAUGUGGUGUAUAUUCCUUUAGCUCCACCCAUCAGUGUAGGUGCAUAGAGACAGGAUUCCCAAGGCAAAGGUGUAAAAAGGCCACAUCAUGUUUUGACAUUUGAGUAGUGUUUGUGCACAUAUUGUGCAAAUUGAUUCUACCCUCAUAAAAUCUCAUGGUUUUGUUGUUCUUUA